GCUCAAAACAGAACCAUCACCAAUUUUGCUUUGCGAUUUUCUUCCUUUUGCAUUUUUUUUUCAAUUUCGGCCACAACAAUGUGCUCGGACUCCUAAAUUUGCGUUUAUCCCAACCAGAGUAAGAUGAGCAGCCAGUGCACCUACGGUCCUCCCCGGGAUUCUGACUCAGACAGCAGCUAUGAUGGCUUUUACUUCUCGGAUGAGAUAAAACGCUCAAAACCCGCUCCCUAUGUACAUCCCGAGCAAAAGCUCUACAAUGCUGCGCUUGACGGGGAUCUGCAGAUGGUGCUGGAGGAGAUGCGCAGACUCAUCUUCCAUGUGGAUCAGAACGUGCGGGGUGGUCCCAGCCUGCUGAUGAUCGCCUGUCGAGAAGGACACUACGACAUGGUUGAUUGGCUGGUGGAGAAGGCGAAGGCCAACGUUAACAAGCAAUAUGACUCCGUAAUGCCGCUAAUGGCGGCCUGCGAUUGCAAUCACAAGGAUCCCUAUUUGGCAGAGAAAAUAGUGCGCCUGCUCCUGCUUCACGGAGCAGUGGUCAAUGUGUCCGACAAAUUCGGAAUGACACCCUUUAUGUUUGCCUGCCAGAACGGAUUCACCGGCGUUGUGCGUCUCCUGAUCAAGGACGUUAGCUUCGAUGCUGUCGAUAAUCAGGGGUGCACGCCCAUCUUCCAUGCCAUUGAAAAGAAUCACGUGGACGUGGUGAAGAUGCUGGUGGAGGCGGGCGUAAAUGCCACGAUAGCUAACAACAAGGGAUACACGCCAACUCAGGUGGCAGAGUGCCAUGGCUACUACGAUCUGCUGGAAAUCCUGCCGCACCCACCCUCCACCUAUCUGGUGCCCACCCACUUCCUUGGCUACAACACGCUGAGAGAUCACAUUCCACGUAUUUUCUUAAAAAGCGACUGCCCAGAGUAUUUCCAGGAGUUGAACGGCAUCCUGCAGUCCAUCAAUGUGGGAAAUAUGGUGCAGCACUUUGCCAUCGCGCGGAUCUCGCUGGCCGAGUUCCUGGUCAUGGAUGAGCAGUCACUCCGGGAGGUGGGCAUCGAAUAUCCCAUCUAUCGCAACAAGAUCUUGAAGGGCAUUCUUGACUUCCACCUCCAUCAUUGGUCCAACAAGUCGAUAGCUCGACUCAAACAGGAUGGCAUGGAUAACUUCUAUGAGAUUCUGAUGAUUGCCGCUAAUCACCUGCAGCAGUUGAUCAUAAUUCAGGCCUCCUUGCGAUUCGUCUUAAAGAAUCAAGAGGAAAACCAGUUGGGACAUCUAUCGGAGACACAGUUGGCCACUAUUAAGAGCAAUCUUCAGGGAUAUCGCGACGUGCUCAGCCAAACAACAAAGACCGUUAAAUAUCUUGGUUCAUUCAGCCCCACCCAGAAUCCACUGUUCAUAGAUUUUAACGAAAUUCUGGCCGAACGAAAGCGCAAGAAGGUGCGCAACUACUUUAAGUACACCACAAUUAUCCUCGGAAUCUCAGUUUUCAUUUGCCUAAAGUGCAAGUGGUUCUCAUAGUAUUCCUAGCAGAACAUUCUCAUUGCUAAUUUAAAUUUUGCUGUACAAAUAACCUUUUUUUACCCAAUGUUUAUUGGUUUUUGCAAAUCAAAAUAGUUGUUGUUCAAACAAUGGUGUUUAGUUAAACUAAAAGUUCAUAUGAAUCGAAAUUUAUCAAGUGUUAUCUGAAGCUUAAGAGUUUAUCUGGAUGUUGAGAAACGUGUAUUCUCAAAUCACAUAACAAAUGUGGAAAAGAAUCCAUAUAUUUAUGAGAAAAUUUAAUUUUGAAAAAAGAAAUGGAUGAAAUCUUACCUGAAACUCAUAAAUUUACCUGAACAUAAAUAUGAGCGAAUGUAAACUGAAGUUAAUGACGAAAACCACAAUAACGACUAAAGUUAUAACGAAUGUAACCACACCAACAAAUAAUAUUAGUAUUAAGCUAUUAAUAAACGAAUUGUUAUCACCA